AUGGCACCUGUCAACCAUACCAGCUUGUGGCCUGUCUCCUUCCUUCUGAUGGGCAUCCCAGGCCUGGAGGAGCUGCACAUCUGGCUUUCCAUCCCAUUCUGCCUCAUGUACAUCGCUGCUGUCUUUGGCAACUCCAUCCUCUUCUUUGUUAUCGUGGUGGAGCAAAGCCUCCAUGAGCCAAUGUACCUCUUCCUGGCCAUGUUGGCUGUGACAGAUCUUGUAUUAUCCUCCUCCACAGUGCCCAAAGCCCUGAGCAUAUUCUGGUCCCUCUCCAAGAGAACGUCUUUCCAUGCCUGCCUCACCCAGAUGUUCUUUGCACACGUAAGCUUCAUUGCAGAGUCCACCAUCCUGCUGGCCAUGGCCUUCGACCGCUAUGUUGCCAUCUGCAACCCACUGCGGUACGCCGCAGUGUUCACACACUCCGUGAUGGCAAAGAUCGGGCUAGCAACCAUUGCUCGGGGCUUCUCUGUGAUUUUCCCAACAAUCUUCCUCCUUCGGAGGCUGCCAUACUGUGGACACAAGGUCAUGCUGCACAGCUACUGCGAGCACAUGGGCAUCGCCCGUCUGGCCUGUGCUGACAUUGCCGUGAACAUCUGGUACGGCUUUGCCAUCACCCUUCUCUCACCAGGAGUGGACCUCAUGCUCAUUGGGGUGUCAUACAUCCUCAUCCUCAGGGCUGUCUUCAGGCUGUCCUCCAAGGAGGCCCAGCUCAAGGCUGUCAGCACCUGCAGCUCUCAUGUCUGCGUUAUAGUCAUGUUCUACACACCAGCAUUUUUCUCAUUUUUCUCUCACCGUUUUGGUCACAAUAUUCCCAAACACAUUCACAUCCUCUUGGCCAACCUCUAUAUGCUCCUACCACCCAUGCUCAACCCCAUUGUUUACACAAUGAAAAACAAGCUAAUUAGAGAAAAAGUGUCCCGAAUAUUCUUUAAGUGUUGGCAAUGGCGCUGA